GCGCGCCGGGGCCGGGGCAUGGAGCGGUGGGUCGGGGCUGCAGGGGGCUGGGGCUCCCUCUGGGGAGCCGGCUGGGGCCGCUGGCCGGGCUGGGAGCUCCUGGCCGCCUGCGCGGUUAUCGGCGCUGUGGGCUGGCUGCUGCGGCUGCUAGAGAGGAGACCGGGUGGCCGCGGGGCGCCGGCGGCGGCCAUCUCCUCCCCGGCACCGCCGUCUGCGGGGAGCCGGCGCUGCAGCGGGAGCCGCCCAGGUGAAAUAACAAUGGAUGCGAUAUUGUCCCGAUUGAAGCAGCUGAGCUCUGAUGAGCUUAGAGAAGAGGUUGUAAGAGCAGGACUGAAGUGUGGGCCCAUUACUUCCACUACUAGGUUUAUUUUUGAGAAGAAACUGGCCCAGGCAUUGUUGGAGCAGCAAGAAGGUUUGGAGAGAAAAGGAUCUGCUCUGUCAGAGGAGGCUGCUGGAGAUGUCCCAUCCGAUAGCAGCCGGGCAGAAGCACUGAAGGCUUCGAAAACCACAGCAGUGAAUCACAACAGUCAUGGAAGUGUUUCUGAAGACACAGACUUUGGCUACUGUGUAGGUCUGAACCCUCCAGAAGAAGAUGAUGUGAUCCACACGAACUGUUCAGCUCCUGCCUGUGGAACAGGAUGUGUUGGUUCACAAAUUAGUACUCAAACACCAUCCAAAGAGCCUCCACUGUUCUAUGGUGUUUGUCCAGUUUAUGAUGACAUUCUGGCAAGAAAUGAGAGAAUACAUGUUUAUGAAGAUAAAAAGGAAGCUCUCCAAGCUGUUAAGAUGAUUAAGGGGUCCCGUUUUAAAGCUUUUUCAAACAGAGAGGAUGCUGAGAAAUUUGCUAAAGGCAUCUGUGAUUAUUUCCCAUCUCCAAGCAAGUCAUCUUUAUGUUUGUCUCCAGUGAAAAUGGCACCAUUUAACAGAGAUGGCUUAUGUUCUCCUGAGACUGAAACUGCUAAUAAGGAGAGAGCCAACAGUUACAAAAGUCCACGUACUCAAGAUCUCACUGCCAAGCUUCGGAAGGCUGUGGAGAAAGGAGAUACUGCAACGUUUUCAGAACUUAUUUGGAGUAACCCUCGUUAUCUGAUCGGAUCAGGAGACAACCCAACAGUUGUACAGGAAGGGUGCAGGUACAAUGUCAUGCAUGUUGCUGCCAAGGAGAACCAGGCUGGUAUCUGCCAGCUGUUACUGGACACUCUGGAAAAUCCUGAAUUCAUGAGGCUUAUGUAUCCAGAUGAUGAUGAUGUAAUGCUGACGAAUCGCAUCCAGUACAUCGUUGACCUCUACCUUAAUACACCAGAUAAGAUGGGAUUUGAUACUCCAUUGCAUUUUGCCUGCAAGUUUGGGAAUCUGGACGUUGUUAAUGUGCUUACUUCACAUCCAGCUAUUGUAAAAAAUCCAAGAAACAAAUAUGAUCAGACUCCAGCAGAGGUAGUUUGUGAGAGAAGCAAGAAUAAAUCUGCAGAACUAAAAGAAAAACUAAGAGAGUACUUGAAAGGGCGCUACUAUGUACCACUCUUGAGAGCAGAAGAUAAUUCUUCAGCUCCUGUCAUUGGUGCUCCAUGGUCACCUGAUCAGACAGAUGAUAGCCCCCAAAGAACUUUAUCUCAAUACACUGGCAGCCCCAAAGAUCCAGUGUUGUCAAUAAGAGCCUUUGCAGGCCCCAUGAGCCCCUCGAAGGCUGAAGAAUUUCGCAGGCUCUGGAAGACUCCACCUCGAGAGAGAGCUGGCUUCUUCCGUAAUGUCAGGAAAUCUGAUCUGGAGAGAGGUGUUGAAAGAGUUGGAAGGGAGUUAGCUCAUGAGCUGGGGUUCCCGUGGGUUGAAUACUGGGAAUUUCUGGGCUGUUUUGUUGAUCUGUCUUCCCAGGAGGGGUUGCGAAAAUUAGAAGAGUACCUGAGUCAUCAGGAAAUGAGCGAAAAGGCUCAGCAAGAAACAGGGGAAAAUGAAACCUGCAAUAGAUAUAAAACUCCACAUCCUUCUGGCAAGAGUAAGAAAUGCUGCAAUUCUAUUUCUGUUGGGGCGUUUUUGGAUGAGGAUGAUGAUGACAUGAGCUUAGAAGAGAUCAAAAACAGGCAGAAUGCAGCACGGAACAUCAGCCACCCUGUCGUGUCCCAGGAGCCCAGCAUCAACGAGAUUGGAGAAGCUGAGUGUGAUAUCUUGUCGAUGGGGCAGGCAGUGAACAUCAGAGGAGCAAGAGCUCACCCCAGGCCCUACGAAAAGGCAGCUUCUUCCAGCAAAAACGGGUUCUGUAAUCCUGUGGCCACUGAAAGGAUGAUUAGUGACAGAAAGCAUUUCCGUGAGGGAGGGGAAUGCCUUGGAUCCCCUGUUUCCAACCUAAUGUCAGAAUUUGAAAGCCUGUCUUUCCAAGAGCAAGAGCUUACAGGGCAGCCAAGUAAAAGCACUGCAAAAACUGAGGAGAGAAUCAUGGCUGAAGGAACAAGUCAGGGGAGAACACCCAAGGACCAUCUGGAUAAGGCCUGCUAUGCAGUUUCACUGGCCAGUUCUGAGCCAAGUGUUACAGGUAAACCUGGAGAGACCAAGUUAAGGACAGAACACAACAUAGCAGCAGCUAUGGAACCUGGAAUUCAAACCAACAAGGCACAACAGCGCCAAGAACUUGCUUCCCAGAAAUUGUUUUUGAAGGCUUCGCCCAUAAGUGACACUUCUAAGAAGCUCUUCCUGCUUGGGGAGCAGCCCUCAAAGCUGGACAGCGAUGUCUUGGCAGCGGUAGAAGCAGUGGAGGUGGACCCACAGAAGUACCCCUUUACUUACAGGUGGAAACACACGGUGCAGUCAUACUCCUCAUCUGACAGGCAAAGCUGGCCAAGUUCAGCAAGAUUCAAGUCCCAGAAUGUGGCUGCUGGCCUUCCCAAUGCUUCAGUGUAUUCUAAUUCAGGAAGAAAUAGUCCCAUAACAGGAAGCCCAGGAAAAUACGGCAGUGUCUCCUCGUUCUGUCCAGAGCCUGGGAGCCCUGGGCGCUACAGUCCAGCUGCUGUCCACCAUGCGCUGCUGAAACUGCGUUACUCUUCAGAGCCUCCUGCCCACUAAAGCAAGGUUCAUCUUCCUGGGACUUCAGCUGUAUUCUCAUUGGUUAGAGUGGAGGGGAAAAAACUACAAUGUUACUAAAGUGACAUGAGGUUUGUACCUGGCUAUUUAUUUUUCCUCAAUUGAGGACCAAUGUAUGUUUAAAAAAAAAAAAGUGGAAUAUAUGUCUUUAUGCCACAUACGAGCUCAUUACUGGUGAUAGGCAAGAAGUUAGUGACAGUGCAGUUGUCCAGUAGCUAUGAAUUAACCCUUGGUGCCAGUAAAGCAGUGAGCUGAACCUUUACUUUGAAGCAGUGGGAUUCUGCCAUCACCAGUAGUCAUUGUACUGAAUCUGUUAGCCCUCAACUGCAUCGCUGUUGCUGGGGUAGUCUGGGGGAAGCACAUCAUCAGUAAAGGGAAAUCUUAGGAGAGAAAACUGAGGGCAAGAAGUAGAAUGUUCCUCCACUUGCAGGGGAGCAGUUCAGGGUAGAAGAGUCUAAAACAAAGCCUGAGUGAUGCAGCUUUGUUGUGCUGAGAAUGACUCCGAUAGGCUGUGCGUAAGCAGAAAGUGUUUAUAGCCAGCAGCUGGGUCUAGAGGGUUGAAUACACACACACACACUUCCCCCUUUGUGUGUAUUUAUGCACUUAACUUACACAGAAAACCUUAAGCCUUUGCUUGUUAUGAGGCUGUUAAAAACACUAUGACAAUACUGAGUGUUUUAGUCAAGGGGCACUAGAGAUAUUGCUGGGAUUCCUUUGAAUGGUAGUAUGAAGAUAAAAUACCUAAAAGUUAGCUGGUUUCUUUUUCCCACAGAAGCUUUUAACAUGAGCAGAUUUUACUAGUUCUUGCACAGAAGCACAUCAGCAAUAAUUUGAGCAACUUUACCAGCAACCCUACCUUCAUGGUCUAGUUUGUAAUGCAGUAGAGUGGUAGCCAGUGACCCAGGGCAUGGCUCCUUAUUUCCCAGCAGUAAAGAGGGAGGAAUAAGGACUACAAAUGUUUUCAUUGAAAUCUAAGCUUUUAUUCUGUCUCUAGUCUUGAUGUGGUAAUGAGUUUUUGUUAGAGCAGUCAAAAGUUCUAUUCUGUAGCCUUCUGUGAGAAUGACUUGUUUGGACAGUAGGAUGCUGAAACUGAAGAAUGCUUUUCAAAACUCAAGACAGUUUUCCGUCAAGCUUAAUGGUUGCAAUGUGAACAAAGGGUUCCAGGAACAGAGCUCUCUAGUGCUGAGAGAGAGCUCUCUAACUAAAAAGGAAAAAACCAUCUAACGACAGAACAUCUGAGCAGAAUCUGCCAAGGCUCUGCUGCUAAAUAAGGGACGCAUUUAGAUUCACGGGUGCCACACAGUGAGGGAGAAAGCACGGAACCACCAGUGCAGGAGCGCUCGGUCCCUCUGCCAGCCGGGGGUUUGACCAGCAGGCUGGGGCAGUGCAGGAGCGGUCGGUCCCUCUGCCAGCCGUGGGUUCGACCAGCAGGCUGGGGCAGUGCAGGAGCGGUCAGUCCCUCUGCCAGCCAUGGGUUUGACCAGCAGGCUGGGGCAGUGCAGGAGCAGUCAGUCCCUGUGCCAGCCAUAGGUUUAACCAGCAGGCUGGGGCAGUGCAGGAGCAGUCAGUCCCUCUGCCGGCAGCACAGGGGCUGGCCUUGGGAAGGCAGCACCGGGCAGGUUUGCAGGCUGUUGCACAUGGCAGUGACUGUUGGUACACAAAUGUACACCCCUCAACAGGUUCAUGAUUUGGAACUAACUUAAACCUGCACUAAUGCUUUUGCAAGCUUGGUAGUGCCUUUUGUAACCCCUUUUUUUUGUUUUUUUAAUUCUUUUAGAGGUUUAAAACAAAAGUGGUAUCCACUUAUAUGGGCACAUAGAAUCCAGUUUUUCUUCUGGGCUUUCUGAACGGAGCCUGUGUUAAUGUCUAAGUUUGGUUAUUUGUGCGCAGCUCUCUGCUGGGGGAGAGCAUUCCUGGUUUAGCAUUAGUCUUUAGAAAAGGCUUAACUCUCUCUGUAACAAAGCCUGUUUCCAGUGAACUGGACAGUGGGAGGAGGUACUUUACACAGGUGUCAUUCAGUGAUACUCCAGACAAGCAGCUGGGGUUGGGGUGGGUCUAUUUCUGUGAGAGGUUCUAGAAACCUCAGAGACCAUUAACCUGCUGUUUUCCUUAAGGUUCUUUCCCUGGGGGCUAGAUGCAGCAGUCUCUAUGGUCUCAACUUCUUUUAGGUUCUCAAUUCCUAGAGCUUGAUUUUUAAAGGAUUUGGAAGGGGUUUUUUUGUUGUUUUUAAAAGGUGUUUUUUAAUUUUAAUAAUUUAUGUAAAUGAAGUCUUUGUCAUUCUGGAGAAAUUAUUGGGAUGCUGAGUGAUUGCCUCAAACCAUGUUACAGUCAAAUUCACAUGGUAAGUUGCUGUGUGUGCAGCUGCUCUUCUCCACCCAGGUCCUUCUGGAGCCAUCCUAUGGUGACGUUGGCCUCUUGGUUAAGAGUUUGUUACAAGCCAGGAGCCUGACACUAACCUCUAGGACUCUUCUUUUUGUCCUUCCUAACUUCUGUACACUUUGCUUUCUUUUUUUUAACUAUGUAACUGUAUAUUACUGUUGUGUACAUGUAGACAGGCUAACACCCACACACACACUCCUCUGCCAUACCUCCACCAAACCCUUGCCUUUCACUUUGUAGUUUUAGUUUUGCUUGGGUCGAGAGAGUAUCUUCUUUUAACUUGUGUUAUGUAGUGUGCAUUAGUCCAGUUCUGCAUCUUGAGAGAUCAUUUUCCUAACAGUCAGCCAUUGAUGUAGCUAUUUGGUCAUUCAUGAUUGUGAAGACAGCUCUCCCACACUGAGCCUGUGGAGAAAUUUUCACUGAGAUUCAUCUUGCCUCAAUUGUGUUUUCUUGGUCAAAAGUUCACUUAUACCAUUGCAAAAGUUUAGUUAGGGUUUGAGGGUUUUUUUUUAAUCCAAGUGUCAUGUUUAACCUGCAGUUACCCCACUUUCUGUUCAAAAAUAAAUGCAGAGCUACAAGUGUCACACUGCAGUUAGUGUGGGGCACAGCGGUUGGUGUCUUGACAUGGCAAAUCACUAACUUGUCCAGGCCUUACAGACACAAGCACUUGGAGCUUUCGUGUGUGCGUGCACAGUGACAUGGGGUUAUGCCACUGAGGACUUUAAGUCUCGAAACCUUUAAGAGGCAAGCAGUCAGCAUUAUAAAAAUGAUGUAUGUACUUAACAGUGAAUUUCCUCCCCCCUCACACUUAAGUGCCACUGAAGAUGCUGUUAAUUUCUGUACACAUGCAAAGAGGUGGUGUGUGCCCUCUGGCUGCCCACCAGGAACCUAUUUAUUGGCAUGGGGGUGUAAAGGGUGUGGAUGUAAGAGGGUUUGUGUACACACACACAAAUAAAAAUGCACAGACUUCUCA